AUGAAGAGCAUCGGCUCUCGUGUUGCACAGAAGGCGUUUUCGCAUGCGCGUGGCUUCCGUUCUAGCGCUGCAAUAGCCAGUGCAAUGGUAGAAGAGCCUGCAAUGGUACGCGUAUACGGUGGUCUUAACGAUGAAGACCGCAUCUUUACAAACGUGUACGGAGAAGACACUUGGCGUGUAGACGGCGCAUUACGUCGUGGAGAUUGGCACCGCACAAAGGAUUUAUUAUGUAUGGGACCAGAAUGGAUUGUACAAGAAAUUAAAGACUCGGGUCUACGUGGACGUGGAGGUGCUGGUUUCCCAAGUGGUCUCAAGUGGUCGUUCAUGCCAAAGCAGACUGAUGGCCGUCCAUCUUUCCUUGUGGUGAAUGCUGAUGAGAGUGAACCAGGUACUUGUAAGGAUCGAGAAAUUAUGCGUAAGGAUCCACACAAGCUAGUCGAGGGAUGUUUGAUUGCUGGCUUUGCCAUGCGCGCCCGUGCUGCCUACAUUUACAUCCGUGGAGAGUUUUUCAACGAGGCUUUGAUCCUCCAGGAAGCUAUUCAUGAAGCAUAUCAGCGUGGAUUCCUUGGCAAAAAUGCUUGCGGAUCUGGAUAUGACUUUGAUGUGUAUCAGCACCGUGGUGCUGGUGCUUACAUUUGUGGAGAAGAGACUGGACUGCUAGAGAGUCUCGAAGGCCGCCAGGGAAAGCCUCGGCUGAAACCACCUUUUCCUGCUAACACGGGCUUGUAUGGAUGUCCUACCACAGUGACGAAUGUGGAGACGGUGGCUGUGUCUCCAACGAUCUUGCGUCGCGGAGGAUCGUGGUUUGCUAGCCUUGGACGCAAGAACAACCACGGUACCAAGCUUUUCUGUAUUUCUGGACAUGUAAACAAUCCGUGUACAGUAGAGGAGGAAAUGAGCAUUCCUCUUCGUGAAUUGAUUGAUCGCCAUUGCGGUGGCGUUCGUGGAGGUUGGAACAACUUGCAGGCGUGUAUUCCUGGUGGGUCUUCUGUCCCUGUGUUGGAUGAGGAGCUAUGCCAGGAUAUUAUGAUGGACUACGAUGAUUUGAAGCAGCGCGGUGGCUCUGGUCUCGGCACGGCUGCCGUCACUAUAUUCGACAAAAGUGUUGAUAUGGUGGGUGCUAUUCGCCGGUACUCGCACUUUUACACUCAUGAGAGUUGCGGUCAGUGUACGCCAUGCCGUGAAGGUACGGGCUGGAUGGAAAAGAUGCUGACUCGCAUGGAGACUGGUGAUGCCGAACUUGAGGAGAUUCCUAUGCUAGAGGAAAUCUCGCGCCAGAUUGAGGGCCACACUAUUUGCGCUUUAGGUGACGCUGCCGCCUGGCCUGUACAAGGUCUGAUCCGUAAGUUUAAGCACAAGAUUGUGGAGCGCAUCGAGGACCCGUCCAGUUUUAAGCCGGAGGACCAUUUUCAAAAGUCGUGGCCUGGUGCUCCUCUUGAGAACCAAUCAUGGGUGGCCAAGUUCUCUGAUGGCUCGGCUUACAAAUCCGCGUAA